AUGGAUCAUUCAACGCGUUUCCGAGUGCACAAUUGGCUCAGAAGCCGUAGGAAGUUGUUCCAGAGUAGAAUGUGCUUAUUGAUGCUGGUGAUGAUUAAUUUUGUAAAUAGUGUCAUUUUAACAUUGGAAAUUUGCGGAGAAGAUUCGAAUAUGACUCUUCUGAUGUUCUUCGUCAACACAUUUGUUGUAUUUCUUUCAAUGUACGGAUUAUACAAUUUCCGUCCUGUAUUCCUUUCACCAAAUGUUCUUCUCAAAAUUAUUCUCUCUUCGUCUGCACUAUUUUAUGGCCUACAAAUGGCUGAAACCACAUCGAAUUCAGCUAUUUUCGUAUGGUUAACUAUUUCAAUAGUAUUCUUCAUUCUGGAAAUUCACACAAUGUUCUCAACAACAUUCGAUAUCAUCAAACAACUCAAUCUGAGAGCCUACAGUAAACCACCUCCAAACUAUAAUCAAGUAAUGUCAAUUGACAUUCCUCCUCCAUCAUACGAGGAAGCACUUGUCCGAAUUCAACAAAAUCGACCAGCUCAAGUACACAAUUCUCCAAAAACAACAGAGAAUCAGCAGCCAACACAAUUGAAUACUUGUGAUCUUGCUCAUUUAGUCGUCUAA